AUAAGAUCGUGAGACUUAGGAUACUUACGGGACUAGUGGCAGCCGAUGUAAUGUUUCAAUUUUACCUUGCAAGAAGAGUUCCUCCUAAAAAAUAGAUGAAACUUAAUGUUUUGUUAUAGCAAGUAACAUAUUAAUAUAUGAUAAAUAUGUCUUAACAUGUAAUAAACAUGUGUAUUGGUAUGUAGUAAAUAACAUCAUAGAUUUAUAUAGUUAAACAUGGAAGCAGUGAAGAAGGCGAAGGAGCGAAUUAGAAACUAUCCAAUUCUUAUUGCACAGUGUCACGAAUCUGGUGCCAAGUAUGCCGCGUGUGUAUUGACAAAACCUAAUUUAAAAAAAGGCGAUUGUGAAAGCGAGUUUAAAGAAUUCAAAAUGUGUUUAACGAAAGCUGCUGCAAAAAGUAAUGUACGGUUAUAG